AGUAUAUAUACACCUGAGCCUCGUUACUUUGGAUGAGCAAGUCCUGAGACCGGCACACUAUUCAUCAGACAGAAUACCAAGAAUUUUGUAACCAUGGCAUUCCGACUGAUUGCUCUCCUUUGCCUAGCCUCAGUUCUCUGCAGCUACUCAGAAGCAAACGCCGAUGCAGCAGUGGACUGUUGUCUGACCACUAAAAACAAAGAAAUUCCAAACCGAAUAGUGAAAUCCUUCAAGAUACAGACAGUCGAGGGAGGUUGCAUGAUCUCUGCAACUGUAUUCACCACUAAAAGGGGAUUCAAACUGUGUGCACCCCCAGCACACGAAAGCCACUGGGUAGAAAAACUCAUCAAAAAGCUGCAGAAGAAGAAUGGUAAAUCCAAGAGAACUGCGCGCGGAGCAUAAAUAACAGCACUCAGCAUUCUCGACCCACGCCAAGCAUAUCGGCACAUCCUCCCGCGAUGAGGCCUAAAUUAUUAACCAGGAACUGCUGUUGAGUUUGCAUUCAGGCCAUCAUUUGUACGGCUGAAUGACGUUACGACAAUAAACAGUCUCUUAACACACCUGAUAAUAAGCUACUGUACUAUAGUUCAUAAUCUUGCUGUCAUUUCUUCAGGCAUGUUAUCUUCUGCAUAACAGAAUGAAAGAUUUACAUGCUGCAUGUCAUGUAUCUGUUUCCAUUGUGUUAAAAUACUGUAUGUAAAUAAUGAUUAUCAUAAUGUGAUUUUUUUUUAAUAAAAACAAUAUUAAUGGUAAAUUUAA